AUGGCUCCCCGAGAUAUCAAGCCAUCCACGACGUUUUUCAACGGUUCAAACACCCCCGAUCCCGGAUGGUAUUCUAAUACUGUAUCUGCACGCGGUCAACAACGACUGGUCAUGACCUCAGGCCAGACCGGGCAGCGGAGAGACGGUUCCUGGCCUGACACUUUCGCUGACCAGGUACAGCAAGCCGUGAAUAAUGUAUCCAGUGCGCUCGAGGCUGGCGGGGCAUCUGUAGGAGAAAUCGUGAAGCUCAUCUUCUACUCCGUGGACUGGUCAAUGGAUUUAGCCGAAGAGCUCGUCAGUCCGGUUCUAAACCUCCUAUCUGAGAAGCACGGCGCUCCGCACCGUCCCCUAACUACAUUGGUGCCGGUGCCGAAACUGGCAUUCCCCGAAGCCAAGUUUGAGAUCGAGGCUAUAGCCUUGAUCGGAGGGACCUCGGAGCCUUGGAGGGAUUCCAAGGAAAAGGGUUAUUCUGCUGCUCCCGUUGAGGUUGAUGUCGUGGUUGUUGGCGGUGGCUUUUCUGGCUUGGCCGCUGCGUAUCAAUGCCACAGUGCUGGCUUGAAUACGGUUGUGCUAGAGGCCAAGUCCCGCAUUGGUGGUCGCAGUCGCUCACAACAUCUUGACUCGGGUCCUGGGGUGAUUGAAAUGGGAGCCACUUGGAUCAACAAGACCACUCAACCGGAGGUUUUUGCUUUGACACGGAAGUUUGGACUCGAGACUGUUGAACAGUAUGUAGAAGGUGAUGAGAUCUUUCAAGGGUUGGAUGGCAAGGUCGUCCGCUGCCCAGACGGAACACUGGGCAAUGGCCCGACUGAGGAGGAUCGCGAGCAAGAACAGAUCCUCGCUGGAGCACUCAUUGAACGUCCCGAGUCUCUGAAUAUCCGCAAAUGGGAUGACUUCCCUACAGAGGAGGACGUCACUUUCGCAGAAUGGGUGGCCGGUCUUGGAUGCACUGGCAAACACACCCAACGUGUCGCCAAUCACCUCUGCAGUGCGAUUGUCGGGCGUGAAGCUGAUGCUGUCGGAGCGCAUUAUUUCCUGGAUUACAUCAAAUCCGGCAUGGGCUUCAUCAGCAUAAUCAGCGAGGGUGAAGAGGGCGCCCAGUCAUUAAAGGUGAAGAAGGGCACAUCCGAGAUUGCCUACGCACUCGGUCGAUCUUUGAAGCCAGGAUCAAUUCUGCUCAACAGUCCUGUCGACAGUAUUAUACAGCACCAUGGGCUCAGCCAAGUCACCACAGCGACUGGGGCUACGUUCAAGGCCCGCAAGGUGAUCAUGGCUAAUCCCACUAAUACUUAUACCGAUAUCCGAUUCUCACCUCCCCUGCCGUCGGGCAAGAGAGCGCUCGUCUCUCGCACCAAGCCUGGACACUACGCCAAAGUGGUCAUCUCCUACAAGCAAGCCUGGUGGAGAGAGGCAGGACUUGUAGGCAAGUUCACAAGCUUGAAAGGCCCUAUUUGUUUCUCCUGGGACAUCUCAGAUCCGAGCAUUGGCCAAUACUCCCUCGCAUUCUUCAUUGCGGGAGAUGUUGCGUAUAAAUGGCACCAGCUUCCCUCGCUUCAGCAAGAGGAAGCAGUUGUGGAUCAUCUUGCGGAGCUAGUAGGCCUCAAGUUGUCAGAGAAGGCACAUGAUGUUUUGGAGAUCAAUGUUAUGGAAUGGACCAAGGAAGAGUACAUCUGGGGGGCGCCAACCUCAUCAAUGGGACCAAAGAUGCUGUCGAAGUAUGGGGAUGAGCUGCGAAAGCCGUUCCUCGAUAUCCAUUUUGCUGGUGGUGAGACAGCCUUUGAGUGGAAGGGGUAUCUGGAGGGAGCAGUCACCGCUGGGUAUCGAGCAGCAGAGGAAGUUCGGCAAGCACUGCAGCCAGAAGCAAAGCUCUAG